UCUUCACGACAUCUUCACAGAAGUCUUUCCUUCCUUUACAGGCCAGGCCUCGUUUUUCAGUUUCUUCACUUUUUACAAAUCGCCAGGAGCAUCAACUUUCAUUUGAGUCUAGGCUCGCGAAGAAACAUCUUGAUCGAUCUCGCUCUCUCAUUGUCACUGAUACCUCGCUCUGUUCACCCUCACCAGAACAAAGCAAUUCAGACUCUUCAGUCUUGACUCACAUCGAUCAUUCAAUUCAUUCCUGCACAAACUUUCUUUAGAGAUCUUAUCGGCUGGAACCAAUAAACGUCUCACCAUCACAUACUCAAAAUGCAGUCUUCUACGAUUUUUACCUUGGCCGGGCUCGCUGCCCUUGUUAACGGCCACAUGAAGAUGAAGAGCCCGGCUCCUUUUGACCCCUCGGCUCUCAACAACUCGCCCCUCGACGCCAGUGGCAGCGAUUUCCCUUGCAAGUUCGGCUCCGGUUACUCUGCCACCGGUGGUACUACCAACACCUUCGCCCUCGGAUCUAAGCAGACCCUCUCAUUCGUCGGCCAAGCCACCCACGGAGGUGGUUCGUGCCAGGUAUCGAUUACCUACGACACGACCCCUACCAAGGACAGCAAGUGGAAGGUUAUCCACUCCAUUGAGGGCGGCUGCCCUGCUAAGGGUGUCAGUGGUAACAUGGGCGACAGCGCUGAUGCUGACGACCCAUUCACCUACCCUUACACCAUCCCCAGCAACAUCCCCGCCGGAAAGGCUACUAUUGCCUGGACCUGGUUCAACAAGGUCGGCAACCGUGAAAUGUACAUGAACUGUGGUGCUCUUGAGCUCACUGGUACCGGUGGUAGCCAAUCUGACUUCGACGCCCUUCCCGACAUGCUGGUGAUGAACAUUGCCGGUAAGCCCACCACUCUCGAGGGCUACGACUACGCUUUCGCCGACCCCGGCAGCUCGGUUGAGGACAACACCUCCGCUGGCACCGUCGCCACUUGCGGCACAAGCGGCUGCACAGUUGGCAAGAGCUCCAGCUCUGGCUCUGGCUCUUCCGGUUCGGGCUCGUCGGCUGCAUCCAGCGCUGCUGCUGCCACUAGCGCAGCUGCCUCCAGCGCCGCUGCCCCUGCUUCGUCUGCUGCUUCGUCUGCCGGUGCUGGCGGUGUCUUCAUCACCCAGAGUCCCUCUGCUGCCGCUCCCACUUCCGCUGCAGCUGCUCCUACUUCCGCCGCAGCCUCCAGUGCCGCGACCUCAGCUGCCGCGGCUACCCCCACUGCCAGCGCUGGCUCCGGUUCCAGCACUUCCUCCGGAUCUGUUUUGACUGGAGCUUGCAGCCCCGAAGGCACCUUCAACUGCAUGGGUUCGACCUACCAACAGUGCGCCUCUGGCCAAUGGUCCGUGGCCAUGCAAAUGGCCAGCGGCACCACGUGCUCGGCCGGCCAGGGCACCACGCUCAACAUCGCUGCCAUCGGCAAGCGAAUGGUCCGCUUCUUCAAGGCUUAAGUUUAUUCCCCAUCGGGAUUUUUCAUUUAGGGACGGUUGAACAAAUGACAUUUGGGGACAUUCGCGGGGUCUGCGGGUUGCAUAUUCUUUUCCUUCGCUCUUGCGUGGUCGUCACUAGACUUCUGUAACACUAGCUUUUUCACUGUACAUACCUUUUCUUCCACAUACCUAGGUCAAUCAAAGACCUCAUGACCAUAUUGAGUUCGAGCUUCGCUAUGUGAUGUGUCUGAUGACUGCCACGAUUAUCCCGACUAACAAGUCUAAUUCA